AUUUAUUUUAGGCAAGUUGGCAAGUGGCUCGUUGGCUUGACUCUCAACACACAUCUUCGCUAGCUAGCUCGCAAAUUUAGACUGGACUCUUCUUGGAUCCCAGGAAUGACAAAGGUUUACCCAAACGCACCACCCACACCCACACCCACACCCACAGCCUCCCCAGCCUGUGACUGUGAGGAGGACCCAUUGCAGGUCCUCACUGUCUGGAAUAAAUCUCUCCUAUUCAACUGCAAAGGUUACACCGUCUUCGACUCCAACGGUAAUCUCGUUUUUAGGGUCGAUAACUACAUGUCUGGUUCAGGCUUUAAGGCCGAGAUACUACUCAUGGACGCAGCCGGCGAACCCCUCCUCACCAUUCGCCGCAAGAGGUUGAGUCUAGGAGAUAACUGGAUGGUGUACGACGGAGAGAAGGCGGUGAAUCCGCGAUUUUCAGCUAAGAAGCAUGUGAAUAUUCUAAAUAGCAAGUGUUUGGCAUAUGUGACUUCGGUGGGUUCAUCGUCGUCUUCGAGAGUGGUGUACCAGAUAGAGGGAUCGUACGCGCAGAGAAGCUGUGUGGUGUAUGAUGAGAGGAGGCGGAAGGUGGCGGAGAUAAAGCAAAAAGAGGCCGCGGUGAAGGGUGCGGGUUUUGGUGUGGACGUGUUCCGCCUUAUUGUUAAUCAGCCCGGAAUAGAAGCGGCGGAGGCCAUGGCACUCGUCAUCCUUCUUGACCAGAUGUUUGGUUCUUCCAGACGCUUCACCAACUAAUAUUUUCAACAAACAAAUAAAUAAUAUAUUUCAAGUUAAUUAAUUUAUCAAAUUUAGAGAAAAAAAAUUAAAGAAAAACAGCAGAAAAUCAUUUUGUUCAAGAAAAUUUUGUCUUUAUUGCCCCACCUAGCUUUUAUUUUUCAAAUAUAGAGCUUGGUCUUUUUCCUUUUAAAUAAAAAGGCCAAGCAGAUCUAAGUGGGGAUGUAAUGUAUAUAUUCUGGAAAAAAAAUAUUUCAUAGUAUAUAGUAAAAAUAUGCUUUUGUUUUGCAAA